AUGUUUAACCCUAAUGGUCACUUUUUGGGCAGAAACCGCCGCCUCUGCGGCUACGACUUCCAAAGGCGAACCACCGUCGAAAAAGAGGAAAACGAAUCCAUCUCCUCCUCCGUCGCUUUUGUCACUCCCAGAUGUUCUCAUUCUAAACUGUUUAUCCCGUAUACCGAAAUCGUAUUACCCUAAACUCUCCAUAGUCUCCAAAACAUUUCGUGAUCUCAUCAUAUCCAUUGAUCUUAACCACGCUCGAUUUCACCACAAAACACAAGAACACUUUUUUCAUGUCUGCUUAAAGCUUCCCGAUCGUCCUCUUCCCUCGUGGUACACACUCUGGAUCAAACCCCAAGGAUUCGAUGACAAGGAGGAGGAGAAGAAGAAGAAGAAGAAGUCUACCUUGGUACAAGUACCUUCUUCCUAUGCUUCUCAAACACCAUUGCUCGUAGUAGGUAUUGAUUCAGAUGUCUAUGCAUUCAAACAAUGUUAUCCUCCCUCUCGGGUCAUGUUUGUUCGUAACAAGGAGUGUGUCAUAUGGCGUAAUGCCCCCGACAUGACUGUGGCUAGAGCUAAUCCUGUUGCCUACGUCUUCGAUAGGAAAAUAUAUGUUAUGGGAGGUUGUGCGGAAACCGAAUCCGCAAAUUGGGGUGAGGUUUUUGAUCCAAAGACUCAAACUUGGGAACCUUUACCUGUCCCUUCCCCUGAGCUCCGCUUCUCUUCAAUGAUUAGAAAAAUAGAGAUGAUCCAAGGAAAGUUUUACGUGAGGAGCAAUGACAGCAAGGACUCUGUUUAUGAUCCGAUAAGAGAGAAAUGGAACGUUGCAGCGAAACCGCAGUUGAAUGAUAGUAGGUGUUCGGUAGGUAAUGUUUGGUACUCUUGUCGUCCCAACAGUUUCUUGUGGUUUGACAAUGAAAUUAAAAAUUGGAGACUGAUCAAGGGUUUGUCUUCGUUGAAUCAUAGUUGUCGUAGUGGUUUGAUUGAAACAGUUUGCUACGAUGGGAAUCUCUUACUAUUGUGGGACAAGCCUACCAAGCCUCGCCGUCGUGUUUGUGAAGACAAGUAUAUUUGCUGUGCGUUGAUUUCGUUUAAUAAGCGCAAAAAUGGUCAAGUUUGGGGUAAGGUUGAGUGGUCUAAUGUUGUGCUUACGGUUCCCAGUUCAUACCGUUUCUUGCGUUCUACAGUGAUACGGACUUGAUCAACAUGUCUUUACUUGUUGAGGAUGGCUUUUAUAUGUAAUUCUUGAAACACUCAUCCGUUGUUUGAAACAUAGUAGUACUGCUUAAAUCAUUGAUGUUCAAAGCUUUGCUUAACCUUUAUUAAAUAGUUUGACAUGAAACUAUGCU